CGUUUGACCUUCGGGCCUUUUCACAUCUGUGGCACUUGUAUAUAAUUAGCACGGCACUUAUGUUAUUUCAUCAUUUACACUGAUCGCUUGUCUUCAGUAAUCAUGAAAGAAAAUAUUUUUCUAUAUUCUGAAACUAAAGUGGGGUUUGACUGGCAAAAGGGAUAAUAUAUAUUAAAGAAAGGGGAAAGAAAGGACAGAAAUUUGAAGAAACGGCAAAGGCAGCUUCCAAUGCUCAUGCUUCUCUUUUACUGUAUGUAAUUUGAAGGGAUGCUCUCCUCGUCACCAACCACUGAUAAUUCCAUCCCUUCUCUCUUAUUAACUCGGUAACCCUACCACCAUUUCCUCUUCUCAGAAUUUUAUGUGGCUCUUGGGCUGUCCAACUUCCUCAUAGUUCUUAAAUCUAGUCAAAUCUCUUGCUGUGGCAUUUCCUUUGUUCUGGGUGUUACAGAACAGGCAAGUGUGGCCUGAGAAAGGUCCAUUUUCAAGCUCGUAUAUAGCGACGCGAUCUGACCAUUACCCAAACAAAAUUCCUGUAUAUUUGAAGUUUUGGGACAAUGGGAUUGAUUUGGGCGCCUGGAAAUAAGACUUUCUCCUUAUGUUGGUUUAGGGGUUGUUUUAGAAAGAGAUCUACUAUUUGAGUUUUGUCCAUUCUCUGAGGAGGUGGCUGUGAAGAAGUGAUUUCAGAGUGGUUCUUCAAACAGGUAAGUAGAUAUCAGAAGAUAUGGCAACUGAUCUUAAUACUGAACUGUCCAUGAAGACGUUUGUUUUUGGUUUGAAGUUGUGGGUGUUAGUGGGGAUCGCUGUGGGGUUGUUUAUUGUAAUUAUCCUCGUGGUUCUAUCAUUUUACCUUACUUCCAGAAAGAAAUCCAUAAGGGCUAAUGACAUGCUUCCCAUUAGCCAAAUUCCAACUGUUUCGGAUGAAAUCAAAGUGAUUAAGGUUGAUCAAGUUUCAGCUAACCGUUAUGUUCCCAAUCAUGAUGCUUUCCUGGCCCUUAAUGACAAGUUGAAGGACGGGGAGUUGGAGAAGGUUAUGAUCAAUUCAAAGAAUGGGGAUAAUAAUACCCAAUCAGGCUCCUAUAAUAAUCCAGAGCAAGAAGGUAUCAGUUCUCACUCAGGAGAAGAGGGAGGUUCAGGAACACUUCCUGCAUACAGGUCUUCUUUGCAUCCAACAACUGCUCCUUCACCUCUGUCUGGUCUUCCUGAGUUCACUCACCUUGGUUGGGGUCACUGGUUUACACUAAGGGACCUAGAACGUGCAACAAACCGGUUUUCAAAGGAAAAUAUUAUUGGUGAGGGUGGAUAUGGAACUGUUUUUCGAGGCCAUUUGAUUAACGGAACUCCUGUAGCUGUUAAGAAGCUCUUCAACAAUUUAGGACAAGCUGAGAAGGAGUUUAGAGUGGAAGUUGAGGCUAUAGGUCACCUGCGGCACAAAAACUUAGUUCGUCUUUUGGGGUAUUGCAUUGAAGGAACUGGAAGGUUGUUGGUAUAUGAGUAUGUGAACAAUGGCAACUUAGAGCAGUGGCUCCAUGGAGCUAUGCGUCAACAUGGAUAUCUCACUUGGGAGGCACGGAUGAAAAUUCUCCUUGGUACUGCAAAGGCGCUGGCUUAUUUACAUGAGGCUAUUGAGCCUAAAGUUGUCCAUCGAGAUAUAAAAUCAAGCAAUAUACUGAUAGAUGAUGACUUCAAUUCUAAGUUAUCUGACUUUGGUCUGGCCAAAUUGAUGUGUGAGGGAACCAGUCACAUUACAACUAGAAUUAUGGGUACCUUUGGAUAUGUUGCUCCAGAAUAUGCUAAUUCUGGCCUCCUCAAUGAGAAGAGUGAUGUCUAUAGUUUUGGUGUAGUGCUUCUGGAAGCAAUUACUGGAAGAGAUCCAGUGGAUUAUGGACGGCCAACAAAUGAGGUAAAUCUAGUCGACUGGCUCAAAUUGAUGGUUGGAAGCAGGCGCUCGGAAGAGGUUGUGGAUCCAAACCUUGAGACUGGGCCAUCAACAAGUGCCCUUAAACGAGCCCUUUUGACAGCUUUGAGGUGUGUGGAUCCGGAAGCUGACAAGAGACCACGGAUGAGUCAAAUUGUCCGCAUGCUUGAAUCUGAGGAAUAUCCUAUACCUAGAGAGGAUCGAAGACGCAGGAGUCAGGCAGGGAAUGCAGAGCCCGAGUCUCUGAGAGAGAAUUCUGAAACAUAUAGGAGUGAAAAUCCAGAUUUGAGGUCUGGUGUCAGAAUGAACCAUCAGGCGUAAGACAUUAUGAGAGCCAAUUACUGAAUCUGAGGGUAUUAGUUCAAGUCUUGCAUUCUUUCAAUGUCGUUGUUAGGAGGAUCAAGGAAGGGAAACAUGAAACACGAGCAGAGUGAUUGGGGGAUAGCUUAAAUGCCUUUUCUUUUUAGUACCUAGAUUUAGAUUUUGAGAAAAAGAUUGUUUUGUUUAUGAAGGUGGCAAUUUUAACAGGAAACACCAGCCACCGGUGGUGUGUACAGGUCUAUGGAUAUGUUAUUUCCCUUUUUUAUUUCUGCCUUUUGGGUAUAGCUGUUAGGUAAUUUAUUUCAUGAGGAUUGUCAUGAAAACUUCCAGCUGUGAAGUGGAAGAAUGAAAGGGAAAAAAUAGGUUUUGCUUA